AAAAAAAAAAAAAAAAAAAAAAAGGCCAAUAUUUUGGGCAGCUUGGGGGAGCCGGCUUUCCAAGUCUGCUUGUGUUAGCAGAGUUUGCGCUGCCAAGCAGAAAAGGCUCCUCUGAGGAGGGACAGAUGUUGCCACCAACCUCCCCAGCAGCCCCUUAGGCGUGUGCCGAGUAGCCCGGACUACACCUCCCGGCAGCCCCGGUAAGGGGCGGGCACUGCCCAGGGCCGGGAAGGGCCGGGCGGCUCGGGGGUCCCGGCGGCGCCUGCGUGGCCCUGCCCGGGCGGGGCAGCUCGGCCCGGUUCAGUUCGGUUCAGCUCAGCUGGGCCCGGCUCAGCUCUGCCCGUGGCUGCCCCGCCCCGUGCGGUGCCCAGCGGGCGCUGCCCGGCCCCGCUCCCGCCGAUGCUAUGCCAAAGCCAGAGGUGUCCGCAUCCUACCAGGAGCUGAGGGAAGAUGUGGAGCAGGUAUCUGAAAAUCCAACAGAGGAGAGAGAAGGAGAGAUGGAAGUUCAUGAAGAUUCCAGCUCUGUUAUUUUACCAGAUGGUGAACUGGGUACCACUACCCCUUCUUUGCGUUUCAGCAAGACCUGCCUAAAGAAUGUUUUUUCAGUAAUUCUCCUGUUUAUUUAUCUGCUGCUCAUGGCUGUAGCUGUGUUCCUUGUCUACCAAACCAUCAGUGACUUCAGGGAGAAGCUGAAGCACCCAGUGAUGUCUGUCACUUACAAGGAAGUGUCCUUGUAUGAUGCACCUGGUAUUGCCUUUUACCCAGGCAAGGCUCGGCUGCUUAGCUGCAAACAUCAUUACUACGAUCACAUUCCACCUCUGAUAAAUCCAGGUCAGCCAGGAGACAUUGAAUGCACCACUCAGAGGAUCAACUACACAGAUCCUUUUACUAAUCAAACUAUGAAGUAUGCUUUGGUUGUUCAAGGCCCUCGUGAUGUGAAGAAAAGGGAGCUGGUGUUUUUGCAGUUCCAUUUAAAUGAAACAGACCAAGAUUUUAGUGCCAUUGACUACCUGCUGUUUUCUUCUUUCCAAGAGUUUGUCAGCAGUCCAGAAAAAGCAAAAUUCAUGAAGGACUGUGAAAGCUCAUACUCCAGCUGGAAGUUUUCUGGAGGCUUCCGAACUUGGGUCAAGAUGUCCUUGGUCAAAACAAAAGAAGAAGAUGGUAGUGAGACUGUUGAAUUCAAGCAAGAGACCAGUGUGGUUAACUACAUUGACCAGAGAACUAAACCAAGGAGUGACCAGCUGUUCUUUGUGGUGUUUGAAUGGAAAGAUCCUUUCAUACAGACUGUUCAGGACAUUAUCACAGCAAAUCCCUGGAACAUGAUUGCUCUUCUUUGUGGUAUCUUUCUGGCCCUGUUUAAGGCAGCAGACUUUGCCAAGUUAAGUGUUAAGUGGAUGAUCAAAAUCCGAAGAAGGCAUCUGAAGAGGACUCGACAAGUAACGAACCACAUAAGCUGAGACUAAGACUGCCUUUUAACUCUUCAUAGCAGGAGGGAUAGAAAAUAACUGGAAUGAACUGCAAUCAGCAAUUAAAGCUGAAAACCAGGUAUGCUUUCUUCCAGAGAGAUGCUGGCUGGAAGAACAGCCUAGUGAACUGGCCUUGGAACUGCAGAAGGAGCUAACUCUAGGACAGGUCUAACAAACUCAUGCUUUUCUAGUCCGAGUUUAACAAGUUUGCCACAGGGGGAACCGGGGGAAAGGAGGGAACUCACUAAUGUUCAGAAAGUCAUCACUGUAGUAAAUUGUGGAAAAGUGGACAGUGUUUGAACGUUUCUCAGACAGACCCUUUAGUUGCUCCAUCAGCUGUGAGCUGCUCCCAUAGCACAGUCACUGCCUUGAUGGCACUUAGUGGAAGGUGAAGUACUCUGAAAACAUCCUGGGCUCUCUGAAGUAUGUUUUGAAACAAAAUAC